GGGAUCCGGAAAUGGACCAUCUGGCUGGUGCGGCUGCGCCCGGCUGCGCGGACUGAGGAGAGCAGGUGAGACCUGGUGGGGCCCUGCUCGCAAUCCAUCACCAUCCUUCGUCUCGUACGUUCCCACAGACCUAGUGGGGGACCCUAUGCAGCAGCACAUGAGAUGAGCAAAACCACACAGCCUAUAGGAGGACCCCCUACAGCCCCUUCCCCUGGACUCCCACAGUCAGCAUUCCCCUCUGCACCCACGGCCCCUGUGGUGUUUGGGCCUCCACAAACUCCACAAAUGAAUACACAGUCUCAACCUCGACAGCAUUAUUAUCCAAGCAGGACACAACCUCCGAGCACUGCUACUAGAGUUCAGACUGGAUCUACAGCUCGUCCAGUGCCUCCUGCCCAUGUGUACCCCGCUGGUUCCCAGGUGAUGAUGAUACCCUCGCAAUUGUCCUAUGCCUCCCAGGGCUACUAUAUUCAAGGACAGGGUCGUUCUUAUGUGAUGCCCACACAACAAUACCCUGUACAACCAGGUGCCCCCGGAUUCUUUCCUAGUGCCAGCCCCACAGAGUUCAGCCCUUACGCUGGUGCAUAUUACCCAGCUCAGCAGCAGUUUCCUCCCGGGGUGCCAGGAGCUCAAGUGAUGAUUAAUCAACAACAACAACAACAGCAACAGCAAGCGAUUCCUCCAAAGAGAGAGCGAAAGACGAUAAGGAUUCGAGAUCCCAACCAAGGAGGAAAAGACGUCACAGAUGAAAUUUUGUCAGGAGGACGGACUUCAUCGACACCCACGCCUCCACAGUCUGUAGGCUCUGAAGUGCAGGCGAAUGGAGAAAGUGUCCAUGUGCCUAUUGUAGUACGCCCAGAUGAUGGCUCAAAGCCCACCCAAGUGCUGACCAGAUCAUCAGAUAGUCCCUCACCCUCUCCUCCUGCAGAAGCAAGUUUGAACAUGGCAGUUGUUUGUGAGCAAGACUUGACACUUGUUAACACUACACCUGAGCUGUCUGUACCUUUGCCAGGGACUCUUAAUUCACAGGAAGUGCCCUUGCUAGAAAACCCGUCAACUCAGGUAUCCAUGCUGCCAGAGGCUCCUACAGCUAUUCAGGAGGACCCCGAUUCUGCUGAAGUAAGCAUUGCAGACAUAACUGUUACACAAAUGGAGCCGGUCUCUGAAGCUCCAAUCAUUCAACCUCAGCCGGAGCUUUUAAUCCCUCCCCAGACUGCUGUGUCUGAUUUACAGGAAUCUCCUUUACCACAGGAGGAAACGUUUUCAGUUUCAGAGGUAGACUUUCCCUCACAGGCUCCUCCAUCCCAAAGUUCAGCAGAGCCUAGUUCUGUAGAGGCAAAUGAACCUGAUACAGAAGCUACACAAGAGCAAAGUCCUCUGGAGAGUUUGCCCUCUGAAGAUCCUCAACCUAGUAAUGGCCUGUCUGAAGAAGCGACUGUGCCACCCGCACAGCCAGAGCCAUCUGAAGUUUGCCAUUCUGUGCCCUCCUUGGAUUCUCCAAUUGCUCAACCAGAGGAGCUUCUAACAAAUGGAGAGGAAUCUUCUGACCCACAGGAACCUGAGGUGCAGGACACACACGAGUCUCAUGUUAGCCCGAUCACAGAGCCAGAAGAGAAGCCAGUUGAUCCUACACCAGAAGUUGAGGAUGUUCGAAAGGAACCCCCUCCUGAGCCAGAGCCAGUUGCUUCACAGACUGCAAAGCCAGCAGAUGUUCCUGUGGCAGUUGCCGUAUCUGCACCAAAGAAGAGGAGGAAAAUGAAGGAUUUAAACAGGAAAGAUAUAGGCGGAGAUCUGUUGGAUGCAUUUAAGGAGCAGACUGAUGGUACUACUGAUGUCACGGAGCCGCCUGCUAACCCACCUGCUGCUGCUCCUGAAGUUGAGCAGACCCCCAGUGUCCCUGUAGAGGAGCAGGAUGAGACGUGGGAAGAGAAAGAGGACAAGCUGGAUGAAAAUAUAAAGCCAGGAGAUCUGAAGUACAAAUACAAAGAGGAACAGUGGAAACCUCUAAAUCCUGAGGAAAAGAAAAGUUAUGACCGUGAAUUCUUACUUGGCUUUCAGUUUAUAGUGGCAAGCAUGCAAAAACCAGAGGGUCUCCCUCAGAUUACUGAUGUAGUGUUAGAAAAGGUCAACAAAGCUCCCCUCAGACCAUUAGAUACCGCAAGAUUAACUGGUAUGAACUCUGGGCCAGACUUUACACCAUCAUUUGCCAAUUUAGGCCGACCUACUAUGGGAAACCGUGGUCCACAAGCAAAUCUUGGUCCUCGACGAUCUCAACAGGGACCCAGGAAAGAGCCACGCAAAAUCAUUGCAGCAGUGUCAUUAAAUGAAAACGUACAGUUAAACAAAGCAGAGAAGGCCUGGAAGCCGACCCAAAAGCGAGCCAGCGAAGAAGAUGAACCAGAAAAUAUUAAGACGCAGGAGUUGUUCCGCAGAGUGCGCAGUAUCCUCAACAAGCUGACCCCACAGAUGUUCCAACAGCUGAUGAAGCAAGUCCAGGACUUGCCCAUAGACACAGAGGAUAGACUGAAGGGUGUUAUUGACCUAAUAUUUGAAAAGGCCAUUUCUGAGCCAAAUUUCUCUGUUGCAUAUGCCAAUAUGUGCCGCUGCCUUAUGGGGCUUAAGGUCCCAACUACAGACAAGCCGGGAGUGACUGUCAAUUUCCGCAAGCUGCUACUGAACCGCUGCCAGAAGGAAUUUGAGAAGGACAAAGAUGAUGAUGAGGUGUUUGAAAGGAAACAGAAAGAGAUGGAUGCUGCUACAACGCCAGAGGAAAAGACACGACUUAACGACGCAUUGGUAGAAGCCAGGGAUAGUGCUAGGCGCAGAUCCCUUGGUAAUAUUAAAUUUAUUGGUGAGCUUUUCAAGUUGAAAAUGUUGACUGAAGCCAUUAUGCACGACUGCGUAGUAAAGUUACUAAAGAACCACGAUGAGGAGUCUUUGGAGUGUCUAUGUCGGUUGUUGUCCACGAUUGGGAAGGACUUGGACUUUGAAAGGGCCAAGCCUCGCAUGGAUCAGUAUUUUAACCAAAUGGAUAAAAUUAUUAAAGAAAGGAAAACAUCUUCUCGUAUCCGCUUCAUGAUUCAAGAUGUAAUAGAUCUGCGAAUGUGUAACUGGGUACCUCGUCGUGCAGAUCAGGGCCCAAAGACUAUAGAUCAGAUCCACAAAGAGGCAGAGCUAGAAAAGCAACGCGAGCAGGUGAAGGUGCAGCAUCUAAUGUCUAAACAAGACAAGAGACGAGAGCCACAAGGACGACCUGCGGGUGGACGUGGCAGUCAGACAAAUGAUGAUGGCUGGAAUACUGUGCCCAUUAGUAAAGGAAGCCGUCCUAUUGACACAAGUCGAAUCAGCAAGAUAACAAAGCUUGGUGCAAUAGAUUCUAACCAGUUGCUGGCACCUGGAGGCCGGUUGAGUUGGGGUAAAGGGAGCAGUGGAGGAACUGGAGCAAAGCCUGCUGUUGAAUCCGCACCAGAAUCUGGCCGGCCGGCAACCAGCACGCUUAAUAGGUUCUCUGCCCUGCAGCAGUCUGCCUCUGCGGAGAGUCAGGAUGCUAGACGAACGGUGCAGAGAGGAAGUUCAAGCCGUGACCGCUCUGAGAGAGACAGGGGAGGAGAGAGAUUUGACAGAGGCGAAAGGUAUGACAAAGGGGACCUUUUUGAACGUUCUGGCCGCCCCGAUCGGGCAAGGACUGUGCUGACCAAGAGGAGUUUCAGCAAGGAGACGGAUGACCACAGCAGAGAACGAGAGAGACAGAUUCCACAGGAAGCAGUGAGGAAAGUAGCAAGUAUGACUGAGCCAAGAGACCGCAGCAAAGACAGCAUUAAGCAUGAGCCCCCAACAGCUGCUGCUGCCCCGGUUGCAUCCUCUAAACCUACCAUGUCAGAGGAAGAAUUAGAAAGAAAAUCCAAAUCUAUCAUAGAGGAAUAUCUACAUAUUAAUGAUAUGAAGGAGGCACUUCAGUGUGUGCAGGAGCUUAACUGCGGGUCACUGCUGUUCAUCUUUGUACGAAACGUUAUUGAAUCCACAUUAGAGAGGAGCACCAUUGCCCGGGAACACACGGGUCUUCUUCUGUACUCACUGGUGAAGAAUGGCACACUACCUAAGGAACAGUAUUACAAGGGAGUCCUAGAAGUACUUGAAGUAGCUGAUGAUAUGGAGAUUGACAUUCCACAUAUCUGGCUAUAUUUAGCUGAACUUAUUAGUCCAGUCUUAACAGAGGAAGGAAUUCCCAUGGGAGAGUUGUUCAGAGAGUUGACGAAACCUCUGACUCCCAUUGGGAAGGCUGGUGUACUGUUAGCGGAAAUCCUAGGUUUGCAAUGUAAAGACAUGUCUCACAAGAAAGCAGGUGCUCUUUGGCAAGAAUCCAGACUGAGCUGGAAAGAGUUCUUGUCUAAGGAUCAGGAUAUGAACAAGUUUAUCAGUGACAACAAACUUGAGUACACACUGGGCGAUGAGUCGGAGACGCCCAGUAAGACAGACCUCUCCCCCGCCGAGCUGGACAAAAUGCUCACUAAGCUUUUGAAAGAGAACUCUAGUAACCAGAAGAUAUUUGAUUGUAUUGAAGGCAUCUUGACUGACCAGCAGCUGUCGUCCAAUCAGUUUGUCAGAACUCUCAUGAACUGUGUGUGCAACUCUGCCAUUAUCUUGGAGAAUCCUUGCCGAGUUGAUGUUAAUGUGAUCAAGAACAGAGCUAAGCUGCUUGCAAAAUACCUGAAUAACGAAACAAAAGAACUACAGGCUCUGUAUGCUUUGCAGGCCCUUGUUGUGAAACUUGAUCAGCCCCCAAAUCUGUUAAGAAUGUUCUUUGAUGCGCUAUAUGACGAAGAUGUGAUUAAGGAAGAACCAUUUUACAAGUGGGAAUCUAGCAAGGACCCAGCAGAGCAGCAAGGAAAAGGUGUCGCCCUGAAAUCUGUCACCGCCUUCUUUACAUGGUUGCGGGAAGCAGAGGAUGAAUCUGAUACUGAUCACAAGGACUAGAAAUUCGCCUUUUAUGCUUGCUCUUGUUUUCUUUGGGGCUUCCAGUUUUUGUUUUUUCUUUAUUUUAUUUUUUCUUCCCCUGCAGACUUUUUAACAAAGAAACACAUGAAUCCCAAUGAUUUUGCAUUUGUGAGAAUGUAUUGACUCUUGCUGAAUGAUGAAGCCUGACAAAGGGUGGGAGGUAGCCUGGCACAAAAAAAUUGAAAGUCAAAAUGCCUAGUAUAGGCAAUUGCUAGAAAAAAGCCUUGGCACAUGUGCAGGCGGCAGUGGUUGUUGGAUGUUUUUUUUUUCCCCCCCUCCCCUGAUUAAUGCAACAGUCUCUCUUGAGGUUUCACUUCAUAAGAGAACUUGAGGUAUUUUGGGACUGCUGAAAGAAGGAUGGAAAGCUGUGUCCCACUUUCUUUUCCUCAUCACAAAAGUGGAACACACAGACCUUUCACUUGUGCAGACUUUUUGGUUUUUUCUUCUUUUUUUUUUUCCCCCCAAAGAGCAGUUGGAGCCUAUAUGCUUCAGUGGGACGGAGCAUUUGAGCUUCUCUAUUGCUCUUUAUGGCUGAAAUAUAGAUAUAUAAAUAAAUAUAUAUAUAAAUAUAUAUAAUUAUUACAAAUUGUUUUUGGUUUGAAGAUGGCAGCAAGCCAUUUUUGAAUCGUGUUUUUGCUCUCUGGCGCAUACCUGGAGUUCAAGACACUGUCCUAAUAGUUUUUUUUUUUUUUUAAACUAAAACAAUGAACUUCUAAUCUGUAAUAAUUCAUGUUGUUGGAUGCUCUGCCAGCAACUGGAUCUUUCCCCCCUUUUUUUGUUUUUUUUUUUGUUUUUGUUUUUUCACAGAUCUCCCUUCUCAGCGGAGUAGAGAAUUUUAUUUCUAUUCAGAUCACCAUGUGUUGGAAAGAGGCAUCUCUCAACCCUAGCAAAUUCUGUAUUUAUAGAGAAAGCAAAGCCUUUUUGGUUAUUUGUCCUUCCAAAAUGUUUUGGAGGUUCUUGUAAUUAUUAAACCAAGUAAGAAUGAAAUUUGUAAAUACUUUUUGCUUUCUUUAUUAAGUAUUUAAUGAUUCUGGCAUACAAAGUUUCCCCAAAACCUCUUUUCACAGAAACUGGAAAUAAAUGAGAACCUUAA